CUUCUGACGUGCAUGUCUGUCAUGAUGCAUGCUGGGCUAUGUAUGUCGCUCCAGCCUUGCCACUGCGGGCUGCACCUUGCUUUGUUCUGAAGACCCGUACAUGUGCGAACGUCGCGCUCGGCAAUCAUCGCACUGGCACCCCGGAAAGCUAGAUUGUGUACUCGACGUCGUUCUCGCUGCACCCGAGUCAGCCUAACGAGCGUAUUUAUAGCCAAGUUAGCCUCACAAGUUGCGCCUGUUCUGCUGAGUUGGACGAUCCGGAUAAGCGAGCCUCACCCAAGUUCCCACGCCAAUCAAACGGGCGCUUAAUCGCUUUGCUCCCGCCAUGACGGACCCCGCGCGCAUCAGCUACAUCCCCCUCGAGUCCAACCCAGACGUCUUCAACACCGUAACCCAUACGCUCGGCGCUACCAAUCUCGAAUGGCACGACGUCCUCUCCCUCGAUGAGCCAGAUCUCCUUGCCCUCGUCCCGCGACCCGUCCUCGCGCUCGCCCUGAUCUUCCCCACCAACAAUCGUUAUGAAGCCGCGAAGCGCGAGAUUGAGUCUCGGAGAGAGCCGUACACAGGGACCGGCGAGGCCCAAGAUCUUAUUUGGUACAAGCAGACGAUCUACAACGCGUGUGGCACGUACGCGAUCCUGCACGCCGUCUCGAAUGGCGCCGCGCGUGGGCUUGUUGACCCCAACUCUGCCUUCGGCCAGCUCAUCGCUCGCUGCGAGGCUCUGGACGCUAGGGAUCGUCCCCGUGCCCUCGAGGAAUCCGCAGAGCUACGCGCUGCCCACGAGAAGGCCGCAGUGCAGGGCGAUACCGCGGCCCCUGCUAACGCGGCGGACGAAGUCGAUUAUCACUACACUGCCUUCGCUCCCUCUCCCACUACGCACCGCGUCUACGAGCUAGACGGUGAUAAGAAAGGCCCUCUUGAUACUGGCCUCACCCUCGACGACGACGGAGACAUGCUAAGUCCAGCCAUCGUCGAUCUCAUCAAAGGCUACAUCGCCCGCGAUGGAAUCAGUCCAUUUUUCGGUCUCAUUGCACUCGUUCAACGGCAACAAUCGUAACAAACAUGACAAGUACACUAGCAAUGUGAA